CCUUUAUAUAUUGUUUUAAUUCCUGGCGUCAUACCAGAACCAGUAAUAAUUUGCAUACGAUUUCGCGAUGUUUCGCAUUAGAUCAGAUUUCACAGGCCGCGUAUAGCCUACCCGUAGUGAUGCCGCACUUGUUUGUUUGGGAUAACAACACGUGGCGUCAUGCAGUUCACGGAUGCCUGUCUGAAAAUCAUCCUACACUUGGAUGUUGGAUAGUAUUCGCACUGAUAGGCUACUUGCGCAUUACUAACGUUCAAAUGACUUGAUGCUUUGUUCUCAAAACAAGGCCAAUUGCUGUUUUAACGAAGCAUCCCACCCGCGGCUAUAGUUUGGUUUGGCGCACCAUAUUUUUCCUUCAGUUUUUGUGCAACGCCGUGUUUGCUGGGAAGAAGAAGUACAGUCGGGAUUGGGACUUUGGAGAGGAGGUAGCAAUCUGAAGAGGUCCUUGGAAAAAAAGAAAACAAGAUCUCCAUUUGGGACAUCCAGUUUUUCUCACUGCAACGUGAACUAACAGUUAAGACUGUCCUACAAUCUUCCUCCGGACACAAUGGCUGACAAUGAGAUAUUUGAUGACCCAGAGAAGCUGAAGAGGGGUCUAGUGAAGGUUCUAGAAUGUGUGGCCACCAUCUCGUCUGCAGCAGCGGUGGUCAAUCCCAUCUUCGGUGUGGCUGGUUCUCUCAUCCGGGUGGUGCUGCACCACGUGGACGAUGAAGACAUUCAGAAACUCAAACGUGAGUUUGGCAGCGUGAAUCGAGCCCUUGACGAAAUCUCGCAGCAGAACCAUCAAGCCCUGCUGCAAAUCAAGAAGGAAACGGUGGACAAACAGUACCACGAGGUGGAAGAAAACAUUCGCAAUCAGUUCCGCAAAUUCAUGGAGAUCGUGGAGGCCAAACCGGAGCAAGUGCAACGCAAGAAAGAUGAUUUCGUAGAGAGUUUCAUCAAUGAUAAAGAUGACCAGAACAUGUACACACUUUACGAAGGCGUGAUGGGGAAGCGCAAACUCUUCAGCCAGCCCAUCCUAGACGUCUACAUGAAGCAUUCGCAGGGUGACCAGCGCGUCAUGGAAAACCUCUGCACUCGACUCGCGUACCUGUUCUGCAUCGGCUUCAUCGCUCUGAUGGGCUACUACGGCAUCCUGGGGGAUGAUUUGGAAUCCCGAAACGAAGAGUGGGAAGAGAAUAUGAGAAACGUGCAGGAGAAAAUGCAGGAGGUGCUGAGGAGAUGCAAGUAAAAGCUUUCUGCACGACCGACGAAGUUGCCUUUGUGCUUUUCCUCUUACACUAAUAGAUUUCAUCGACCUGCAGCUUUAUCUCCCCGAUGACCGCAGAUCAUGCUGAAGUGUACACAGUCAUUUCCUGUGAUCUAGUUCUUUUCAUUUCUUUUUAUCACACAAUCACAUUCCUUCAUGCCUUGCCUCAGUUUAACACUACAUGUACAAGAUAUGUCACACUAAUCUAAAGAAUGCUGGUUGUGGUUAUAUAAAUAUUAUUAAAGCUCAUAAGCAGUGUCACCUUGAAAAUUGACUUCAUGAUGAACAACUUGUUUCCUGAAUAAAUACAUAGUAUAUACAAAUGUAUUCUAUAAAAUACAUAUAUAAUGUAAAGAAACUAUGUAUCUAUCUAUAUAUUCAUAAAUGUUGCAAAAUAAAGAGCAUACAAUUUACUGUCUGUGCAAACCAAGAUCAAAAUUUCGAUCUGAAACGUUCAUGUUUAUGCAUCUUUUUGGCACAUUAGUAAUAGAUUUAAGUGUGCAUUUAAUUGUAUCCUGUGUUUUUUUGUGCCAUUAGAACACAUAUACUGUGUGUUUGUUCAUCCAUAAUCACAUUUGUUUAUCCAUAAAGCACUGCAAUAUACAUAAAUGUACCUGAAUUAUGUGUUUGUGUGCUUUUUGAAUGUCUCAUGGAUUGGAACCAUGGAUUGGCUUUCCUAAUCAUUAUUAAAAUACCUUUUUAUUUUUUAUUAUUCAGUCUUUGGAAUGCUGCUGCACUUAUAACGCUGUACAAUAUUGUUAAAUUUUUCAAUAAAGAUGAAUAAACAAGGAA